AUGUCAACGUCUGCAUUUAUUACUAUCGCUGCUUUUCUUCUUGGAACCUUGUGUUCUGGUAUUGCUGGUUAUGUGGGGAUGUGGGUAUCUGUCCGUGCAAAUGUAAGAGUCUCAAGUGCUGCAAGUCGAUCAGCCAGGGAGGCAUUGCAGAUAUCUGUUCGUGCUGGUGGUUUCUCUGCUCUGGUAGUUGUUGGUAUGGCUGUCAUUGGUAUUGGUAUACUUUAUGCCAUUGUUUAUGUUUGGUUGGGGGUAAAUUCACCAGGUACAAUGAAGGCUACUGACUUGCCUCUUCUUGUUGGAUAUGGUUUUGGAGCUUCAUUUGUUGCUCUUUUUGCUCAAUUGGGUGGUGGAAUAUAUACCAAAGCAGCUGAUGUUGAAACUGAUCUUAUUAGGAAAGUAGAGAAGGGAAUUCCUAAAGACGAUCCUCGCAAUCCUGCUGUCAUUGCAGAUUUGGUACAAAAUCUUCCUCGUGUAACUUCUUUGUCAAGUGCGCGUACUGGAGAGUGUUGCUCACAUGUUUGUGAAGCACUCAUUUUCUCAGAUAUAUGA